AAAGCCGUGUGCGCGUGCGUGCAGCCCCGGGCCGCGGCAACGAUGGCUGCCAAAAGUUUUGCAGCCCGGCUCGCUCGCUCUCGGCGCUUUUUCAGCGGCUUCGUGGCCGGAGCUGUGGUGGGCGCCGCGGGAGCCGGGCUCACGGCCUGGCAGUUCCUCCGGAGUCAGGGCACUGAGGCUGCGUUGGCGGCGAGGGAGCCGGGAGGUUCUGCAGAAAAGGCUCUCUUGGGACAGUUUGGGUUUCCUCUAACUGGAACGGAGACGAGGUGUUACACUAACCAUGCCUUGUCUUACGACCAGUCGAAGCGGGUGCCUAGAUGGGUUCUUGAGCAUAUAUCCAAAAGCAAGAUCAUGGGUGCUGCAGACAGAAGGAACUGUAAAUUCAAGCCUGAUCCCAACAUCCCUCCAGCCUUCAGUGCCUUGAACAAGGACUACAUUGGAAGUGGGUGGUCACGAGGACACAUGGCUCCAGCGGGAAAUAACAAGUUUUCAUCUAAAGCCAUGGCUGAAACCUUCUACCUUUCUAAUAUUGUGCCUCAGAAUUUUGAUAAUAAUGCUGGAUAUUGGAACAGAAUAGAAAUGUACUGUCGAGAACUGACAGAGAGGUUUGACGAUGUUUGGAUUGUAUCUGGACCGUUGACCUUACCUCAGACUGGAAGUGAUGGAAAGAAGAUAGUUAGUUACCAGGUGAUCGGUGAGGACAACGUGGCGGUCCCCUCACACCUUUAUAAGGUGAUCCUGGCUCGCAGAAGCCCAGAGUCGACGGAACCGCUGGCACUAGGGGCCUUCGUGGUGCCCAAUGAAGCCAUUGGCUUCCAACCUCAACUCAGUGAAUUCCAAGUGAGCCUUCAGGACCUGGAGAGAUUGUCGGGACUGGUGUUUUUCCCUCAUUUGGACAGAACGAAUGGUAUCAGGAAUAUCUGUUCUGUGGAUACCUGCAAGCUCCUGGAUUUCCAGGAGUUCACUCUGUACCUGAGCACAAGAAAGGUUGAGGGAGCCCGAUCGGUCCCCAGACUGGAAAAGAUCAUGGAGAACCUGAAGAACGCAGGGAUUGAGCCCGAUGAUUAUUUCAUGACCUGCUAUGAGAGGAAACUGGAAGAACUCAAAGCUAAGGAGCAGGCAGGACUCCCGGAGAGAAAGCCGUCCUAGUGUUCACCUCGGAGUGUGGUGUUACUGCAGUGAGACACAUGCCCUCUUCAGGCUCAUGUAUUUGAGAGGCUUGCUUCUUUGAAAAAAUGAUGGAAUCCUAAAUUUAGGACUAAACUCCCUAAAAGACGAAAGAGCUAAACCUUUUUGGUUAGUAUUUUAUUUGAUGUGGAACUAACUUAAAGGAACUGCAACACCUGUUGAUCCGGGUCAGCCGGAGGACUGUGUGUGAGAUGGCGAGAUCGUGCCCCUCGGAGUGUUCUGUAUGGGAAGCAUCUUACCUUCUCGUCUCCGGGUCCACAGUCUCUCAUGCAUCAGCUCGGCGCUCUUGGAACCCAGCGUUGUGCUGCGUUUUCCUUCUUAGGACCUGAGUGGGUCUUAGAGAAGCUGUUGGAGUGCCUCUGUGUUACCCUGUCGACAGGAUGACGCUGGGCAGGGCAGAAGCAGAUUUACGGUUGUUCAUACAAUAAUGUAAUAAUAAUACAGAUAAACUUUCGCAUACUCACAA